ACAUUUGCCUAUGGACUCUCAUCUUUCAUGAUUUACCUGUUCAUGCUCUUGAAUUGGCUUCCACUAACAGCAGAUACAGAAGAAAGUGAGCUCACUAACGUGCAAAAGUGUUUCUUUCGCUGCACUGCUUUGUGCCAAGCUGUGCAACAGAAUGCAACAGACAAAAAAUACGAUGAUCCCUUUGCUCUUUUUGGCGUAUGUUUUCGUUCUCUUCAGCUUUCAAACCUGCUAAAUACAACUGACAAGACAUACGAUGAUUCAGAGCUUCGCGUAUGUUUCUUCUAUUUAGUGUUCGAGUUUUCUGUAGGUCCUAUUUAUAUAACGAAUGCGAUUCAUUGGAUAUUCCAGAAUGUAACCACUAUGAGUUGCUGGGACAAAUGCAGAGAUUUUAAGCCAGCGGAACUACUCGAAACUGUCAACGGGCUUCAUGAAAAACAAGAGAAUCUAGCGACGAUCGUUAUCUUCAAGCCAAUUCAGAAAGCUACUUUCUAUGUAGUACAAUAUAGAGCACUAGGCGAUGCUGACUUUGCACCUCAUCAAUUUGCGAUCACUUUACAACCUUUUAUCACAAAUUUUAUGGGACCUAAAUCAAUCUUCUGUAAAUCUACCGAAAUACGCGUGGCAGCUGUUUCACCUUCCGGAAUUGGACCUUUUUCCGAUAUUUUUACACUUGGUCCACCAUCUCCAAUAAUAACCUGGCCUUUGGGAAUCGAAGAUCUUGAUGUGAUACCAAUGUUUGAGCUAUUCAGAUGCGCAGUACCAAGCUUCCAAAGCGUACCUCAUCCCACCUUUGUCAGUUUAUUGACCUUAGCGAGAAAGUAUAGAGGCAGGUUUCCGGUGACCCCAGGUGAAAUAGAUUUUAGUCUUACACUCAAUAUUACAUUCGAUCCUAUUGUGCGAGAAAAUGAAUCGCCAACCAUCUACUAUAAGGCGUUUUAUGGAGAAGCACGGCCAUAUCCAAGAAAGGAAGAGGAGGCGAUUGUUGGAGUCAAUUUAACACACGUUAUCGGUAAUGCUACCAAUUGUUUGAAAUUUGACAAAAACGGCUACUGUUUGGAGAGCACCAACUACAGCGUUGCCGUAGCCGGUAUCCGGUACGAUAAACUAUACGGUAUAACGUUUUGUGCCGUGAAGGAUCCCAGAAAUAUAACCAUUCCUGAUUUGACGAGAGCUAGCAGGGCUUUCAAACCUAGAGCAGACAAAGUUUUUAUAAGAAAAGAUAUACCAAACCAUGUGGAUAUAUUCAUCGGUAUCGCUGUCGGAGCUGCAAAUCUGUUGGUAUUGGUUACUAUCAUCAUCUGCUGUCACAUCACUAGGAAACAGAAGAAGGAGAAUAAACUGUAUCAGCUGAAGCUAGCGCAACAUGACAUUUGGGAGAUUGAUCGUCGUAAUCUAAUAAUUCACGAGGAAAUGAAGCUCGGUUCUGGGGCGUUCGGAACAGUUUAUCGAGGAAAUCUUCUUGGCAACUCAGUUACAGAGAAGCAUCCUGCAUCUCCACUAGGUGUCAAUUUGAUGAGAGCUAAAAAUUGCCAGGUUGCUGUGAAAAUGCUACCAGAAUGCGCUGAUGAUGUGUCCAGAGGCGAAUUUCUGAGAGAAAUUAGACUUAUGAAAACACUUGGAUAUCAUGAAAGGCAGUAA